CAGAAAUUGGAAGCAUUACACUUCAAGGUGACAGAUAAUAUGCGGCACUGUUUGUUUUACAUCUAGUCUGAUUGCAGGUUCCGAUAGUCGCUAGGACAGAGCGUGGAGGCUGGGAAUCGACCACGAAGUGCACCAGGUGGAGAGGCGCUCGCUUCCUGCGCGCGCCUGCCAAUCAGCCAAGGUGCGCGCGGGGACCGGGGCUUGUUCGGAGGCGCACGCGGUCCGGGCUCCUCGCAGCUCAGAUCCGGGCAACGUUCCAAAUGGCUGACAGCGCUUUCAUCGAGGAAGCCGAGCCUGCCAGGAAUAAGGAAGGGCUGGACUGGGGCUACGAAGAAGGAGUGGAAUGGGGAUUGUUGUUCCCUGCAGCUAAUGGAGAGUAUCAAUCUCCGAUAAAUUUGAACUCCAGGGAGGCAAAGUAUGACCCUUCGCUACUGGAAGUACGUUUAUCACCAAAUUAUGUGGUUUGUCGGGAUUCUGAAGUAAUUAAUGAUGGUCACACCAUUCAGAUACUACUGAAAUCCAAAUCGGUUUUGACUGGUGGUCCAUUGAUUGGAAACCAUGAAUAUGAAUUGCAUGAAGUUCGAUUUCACUGGGGUAAAGAGAACCAGCGUGGUUCCGAACAUACUGUUAAUUUUAAAGCAUUCCCCAUGGAGCUCCACCUUAUCCAUUGGAACUCAACUUUGUUUAAUAGCAUUGAUGAAGCUUUGGGGAAGAAAAAUGGAAUAGCAAUUAUUGCUUUGUUUGUUCAGAUAGGAAAGGAGCACUUGGGUCUAAAGGCAGUCACUGAAAUCCUUCAGGAAAUUCAGUACAAGGGAAAAUUGAAAACCAUUCCAUGUUUUAAUCCUAACACACUACUUCCUGAUCCGCUCCUUCGAGACUACUGGGUAUAUGAAGGCUCUCUAACCAUCCCUCCAUGCAGUGAAAACGUGACCUGGAUACUAUUCCGAUACCCUUUAACAAUCUCUCAGCUGCAGAUAGAAGAGUUUAGAAGGGUACGUUCCCACAUAAAGGGAGCAGAACUACCUGAAGGAUGUGAUGGGAUUUUAGGAGACAACUUUAGGCCAACCCAGCCUCUCAGUGAUCGAAUCAUCAGAGCUGCAUUCCAAUAAGAAACAGCAAUAAUAAACUGAAUCAGUUUCAGGGUGAAGACAAUGAACCCACAGUAUCCCACUAUAUGAGAAAUGGAUCUUUCUGAAGCUGCUGCUCCUUCAAAAUACAAAGCAUGUUUUGUGUUGCCUUCUAUAAUUAAUGCAGUCUUGAAAAGCAGCUGUGGCAGUUGGCUUGUUCUCAUAGUCCUGUUAAAUAUUCGAAUAAAAAGAGCUGAUGCGCAAGAACAAGAGCCCAUUUUAGGUGCCCCAAGCUUCAUAUAAUUGUUUUUGUAGACUGUUUAUGCAUUUGGCUUUUGUAAAUGGUUGUUCGUAAAUGUGCAAAAAUUCUGUCAUGUAUUUAAUAUCAUUUAAUAGUGAUGUACUUUCUGAAGUUCCUUAUGAGCUUAACAUAUGGGGUACUUGCUAGCUCUUUGCUGCUUGGGAAAGUAAGACUUUGCAAUAUAGUAGUACCAAAAGAUCAGUUUGCUCUUAGACAAUAUCGAUGUGAUUUAAGAGUUAUCUGCAUGACUGAAUAAAAUUGUAUUGAAUGUGAGAAAAGAGAAAUUGCCAAUCCUUAAAAUGAUCAAACAUUUCAGUAGCCAUUUGAUUUUACUCUAGUUAAUCUGGCUAAUACUGACUGUUAUUUUAACAUUUUCCAACAACCUGUUGUCUAAAGUUUACUGCAAAUUGUACCUGGAAGAAAGUGCCAUAAUCUGUAGUUUGCUUUCAAUCAAAACCCAUUCCUUUUAUGAUGAAUAUGAUUGCAAUAUGAUUUUGAUUCUGGUAUGAGAAAGUAAUACCACUUUGAAUAAAGUGGUUUGAAACAUUUACAUAUUGAACCAUUCUGCACCUGAAUAUUCCCCUAAUUUAGUAAUUCCAAAAUUGCCCUGCUUUACUGUG